AAGCUCUUUCAGCACACAAACUCGGUUGUUCCUGUAUAUUUUACAACAUUCUCGUUGAGCAAGGUUUUUGCGCGGAGGGUUGGUUUGUUUUCCGCCGAAAAUUUGUUUCAAUUUGAAUUUUGAACUUUUAUUUUUCGCUCACACACAUUCUCUGUGUUGAAGUGCCGUUGUUCAACGCUGUUGUCGACGAGGAAGUAUAUACAGCUACGGAAAGAGAGAAGAAAAGAGAUAGGAAGGGGUGGAGAAAGCGCACAGUUAUCUUGAAAAAUUGACGAAGAAGAUAUCCUUCUCCCGCGGCGAGAACUACGCGAGAUUUUACGCGAAAGUUCUUUCGGCAGACGCGUUUUACAACAUCCCCUUCGUGCAGGGUCGUCGUGCGGAGGAAUAUUUACCGAUUUGUUUUCCGCCGAAAAUUUGAGCCUCGGGCUUUCUCUUUGGGCGGCGGCGGUGGCGCCGGGGCGUCUUGUUUUUCGCGAGCGAAUCGGUUUGCGGGCGAAAAGUUGGACGUGCGAUCGUCAUUGUCGAUUCUUUGUUUGAGCUUACGUACGUCCAAGUACGUUCUUCCCCGGCGGGUGUGCAAGCUGCGGAUCUUCGAUACGACCCUUGCGAUACGCGCCUUUUCGGGGACAUUGACCUCGGCUUCCGCGUCUGUCUGGCUAGUUUAUCUGUUUUCCCCGGCGUUCAAACGUCCUCGGUGCAUCGAAUAUCGAUAGAGCACAUGCCACGGAUGCAAAUACGCGAAAUACUUUCGGCAAUGGCAUUUCGGCACAAAUUUCACGGCGCAUGUUGAUGCGAGACCCGCCUCCCUGUCGAUUCACUUCUGUCAAGUGUGCAUAUCGCGAUCUGCGUGUUCACUUCAUCGUCAUCAUCAUCGUCGUCGUCGUUGUAUCUAUAUCCUAGCGUUUAAAAUUGUCGCAAUAUUGAGACAUCGGAAUAUCGUCGCACUCGACGAACGUGUCGUCGGUUGAGUGUUAAAUUAGGAUACAUACAGCGCGGUAACAAUUGAACGACAUGCAUUUAUCCGUAAUCGACGCUCGCAGUUUCUUCCAGUCGACGUGUCUCCGUUGACAGUUAACCGCUGGCGAAUUAAUACCGUUCGCGCUGCAAUUUUCGAAUUAUCGUUGUAAUUUCUCGAUUAAGUUGAUCCAGUAACACGAACGACAUUAUGCCCGUAUUUUAUCAACAUCCCUUUCGAAUCGUUCCAUAUGAAUUAAUUAUCACAUAUAAGAUUUUUCAUUGGCAUUUGAAUUCAGUGAGUGCGCGCGUACGUAGGACGAGGCCGCGCGAUUAAAUUUUAACUUUUCAUUGUGUGUUUAACUAACAUUAAAUCAGACGGCAUAAAACAGCGGCGACUCGUUGCAUUGAACCGAGUUCUCCGGUCCCUGCGAGUGGCGUGACGCACAGCGUGAAUCGAAUAUUUAGAAACACUCAUACAUAUAAUUAAAGAUUACUGACCGCGCCAUUGUCGCGCACGGACGGCACAAAUGGCUCCGCAAAAUUCUGCAAAUUUUUUAACAACAGUCCGUUCGAGACUCGAGACGACAUCGUUCGUUUACGUGGUGUCUUCGAACGUAGCACGGGCGUCAUUCAUCAGCGCGAUGAUGACACAUCGCAUCGCAUCGCAAUCUGACGCAUCAUGCAGGAAUAAAUGACCUCCGACUUCUUCCUGUUCCUUUCUCAGUCUCCUCCGCGUCGUCUUUCUCCAUCUCAAGAGUGGCUCCGCGCGGCAGUUCCCGCGAGCCUACUCCAGCAGCGACCUGGCGCACAUGUAAGAAGCGGGGUUAAAGACAUUACGAGCUCUGGAAGCCGCGUAAUUAUUGCGCGACUGUCGUUACAGUUUCACCGGCACUAAUCCCCACGUGACCCACUUGAAUAUAUACGUACGAAUAUUAAUUUCGCUUCUCAUUUCGCCCGCUUAUUUUGUUGGUUAAGUGAAGAUCUGAAUCCGCGUGAGAGCACGAUAAAUGAACUCGAUCAGGUGCUCGAUCCAGCGGAUCCUUUGGUCGAACACGGACACCGACUAAUCGAUUAAAACAUCGUUGAACCUCGUCUGAUGAAAAAUAUCGUCGUUGCUGUUGAUUUUAUUUAAGAGAAACGAUGCAGAGAGAGAGGGAGGGAAAAUUAAUAACAAAAGGGGACUUGGAGUUGAUUAUAAAUUAUCAAUGUAAAUGAAAGUUUAUCAGCAAUGUAUAGAAUUCUCGUACUUGAAACGUAAAUCUUGUUAAAUGUCUAUCCCGAAGUUAUGCGCAUCUCUCUCUCUGUCUUUUUUUUAACCUCAGCAAAGCGACAAUAAGCGACAAUAAGCGCUCGUCAAAACACUUCCAAGUGGUCGCUGCAUUUUUUCCGUCGCUUCUCUGCAUCGCGACGUUUCGAGGAUCAUCGAAAAGUUGCCGGUCGUUAAUCGCGUCGGUAAUUUAUUCCCGUUUGCCACAUCGAAUAAUCCGUUUGACUCUGCACGGGCAAGAGUGUCCAAAUCAAAUUAAUUAGUCUCCACUUUAAUCGUCUAAUUCAUCCGGACGAAUGCAAAUAGCUCGAUCAAAGCGGACCGAUGCCCUAAGUUGUACGCAACAGCGCGCGACAACAGAGAGCGCGCGCGCUGCAAAUAAUAGUAAUAGUAAAAUUGUUUUGCAAAAUUUGGCGAAAAGUCGCGGCGCGACUUCUGAAAAUUGUUUCGGUGGGCGCACUUCCGCGGUUUGUCGCUUCCGGUCACGUCGCCGAAAUAAAUUUCAUCACUCCUGAAUUCGAGGUGCAUCCUCUUUUCCGCGGCCAUCUCGACGAUCGAACGAACCAAUUCGACUGCUUUGUGGCAAUUCCGUCCUGGUCGGCGAAAAUAAAAAUUGGUCGACGUUUUUCGGCGAAAGAUACGACGGAAGCGGUGAGCGUACCAACCGCGUACAAAGUGGUCCGUCACCGUUGUCCCACGUAAUUUCACUCGAUCGCCAAAAUGUCGGUCACGCGCGGCCGCUGUUCAUCGAUUUCGCAAAAUCCAUCCGCGUCGCUUUUCUUCAAAGAUUCUUUGUGCGACUACCGUUUUUUUCUUUUUUCUUUAAUUUUAUUUUCCUUCUUUUCGGAAACUGUCAUUUUCCAGCUCGAAUGUGCAAACUUCGUAGGCGAUCGUGAGGAACAAACGUGGUCUCUGCACAAUGCAAUACGUACGCCGGUCGAAAUAAGAUCGUAAGGACAUUUUUACGGCGAACGAGGAGUCGUAGGAUUUUUGAGAAAGUAAGAUACGAGAGUAGCUGUGCAAAACUUGUACGCGCUUCGCAAGGGGCGCCUUCUUCGGUUGCGAAGUCUCUCGCCGUUCCCUCGUCCUAGGUCGAUAUUUCGUUAUCGGAAAGCAGUAGCCGUCUUGAUAAAACGAUAUUGAGGAUAUCGGGAUAAAUUACAAAACGGCAGCACUGAAAAGCGUUACGAUGUUCACGACCUUGUUCAAUGGCAUCGUCGCGUCCCUCGCGCAUCUUGAAUUCCUCACGAGACUGCAUUACGCGAGGGCCGCCAUUGCGCGACCCGCGAAUUCCUACAGGUCGCUAUCAUUCGAAUAUGAAUCGACCGACUCUAGUCAACAAACACACGAGACCGAAAUAUAAAAAAAUUCCACUCAAUCAAGUGAAGGUAAUGGUUCCGCGUGGAAUAGAGAACGCGGUAUUUAUAGGAAAACUAUCUGAAAAUUUUGUAAUAUUUAACGUUCGAAACAAUGGCAUUUUGCAUUGAUCCGUUUGCAGCCGUUACCCGAUGCAAAAUUAUAAUUGUAAUUAAGAGGACCGUUCCGACAGAUUCGAUCCUAAUGCAAAUUUAACUGCGGCCCGGGCGUUCACAAUUAAAGUACGUCGCUGCGGCAACCGCCAGAAUGAUUUAAUUGAGACGCACCGGGAAAGUUACGCGUUCGCAUGCGCGCGAGAGAGUGAAGGAAAGAGAGAGAGAGAGAGAAAGAGAGAGAGAGAGAGAGAGAGAAGCGUUUAAUUUAGUCCUAGAGCAUACCCUCUGAGGAUUGUUACGGGUAUGAAGUUACAUAAAACAUAUGAUUAAUGUGAAAGAGUAACAAGAGGUAAUAUCUGGUAUAAUAUUUAUGAUGGUUUUACAAAUUUAAACUGAUAUAAUUAAUGCACAUUUUAAGAGACAAUUAAUUAUUAGAUAUUUAUAUAGAUAUUUAUUAGUGGAGAAAAGAGGGGAACGGGGGAGAAAGAGAAAGAGAGAGAGAAAGAAAAAGAAAAAAGGAGGCCGUAGUAGGCCAAAGGGUAAAGGGAGCUAUACAGGAUUCGAAAAGCAGGGAGGCAAAGUUAAAUCUGCGCUGCCUAAACGGCCUUUCGCGAUAUCUCGGUGGAACGACAGUGUCUCGGCGGGGCAAUAAAGACCGGCUUUUUGUUUUCCUGUCUUUCACGAUGAAGAGAAGACCUACCCCACGUGUAAUCCCCGAUUCAGCCGUAGGUAUAAAACGUGAAAGGCCCGGGCUUCGACGUAAAAACGACACGGGGGGAGGAGGGGAUAAAGUCGUAACAAAAACAGUAGGACGAUUGAAAAAUUUGCAAGCGCAGAUUGAUACGUAACUUUGCAUAAUGCGAUCACUCCGAUGGAUUUUGUCUCGGUUAGGGUGCGACGUAAAAAAGAAACUAUUGUCGUUUACUAACAAGACGAAAUAUUUUUUAACGACUUUGUGUCCUACAUGAAAUUUCGGUACAUUAACUGACUGCAAAACUCGUGAAACUUUAAGCAUUAUAAUUGAGAAUCUCGAACGUUGCGCAGGCUAUUGUCUCUUGAUGCUACAAAUAGUUAAUUACUGCUGUUUUGUCGAGGCUUAAAAGAGAGACUUUUUUUUUUAUUUCAGAAUUAUUUAAUAUUCCGACCUAAGUCUGGCCAGUGUUGAGACUUGUUUCUCUAAUAAUCUCGCGCUAAUUUGAACGGGAGUUUCACGUUACCAACAUUCUUCUUUCUUUUUUACUUCUAAGCCUUGUUAUUACAUCGAACCCAAACUUAAAUCCUUUGGUGCUUGCACUACUGCUACUCUUGGUCUUACAAUUCCUUUCUUUUCACGUCUUCCCCACGAACAUCUAAACAAUAUCGAAAUUUCCAAUGCCCACAAAAAAAGUAAUACAAAGAGGAUUGUAAGUAAAGAAAAUUUUUGUCGUUUUAUUUACUUAUUAAUCCCGUCAUUUACCUAUAUCAAUUUUAUUUAAUGUUUAUUUAUAAUUAUCUCAUACACAUACAUACAUCUAUUUAUAGUUACAUAAGAUACAUAAUUAAUACAUUGUGCAUUGAAAUUAAGAAUAAAUAUUCAAGAUAGAUAGAAUAUGAGAUAAUAGAAUAUUAAAUAAUUCCUGAAAAUAAAUGUUUCUUCUCCUCAAAGUCCCAACAUGGAUUAAACAGCAGCAAGUAAACAUCUGUAGUACCAAGGUAAGACAAUAGUUUACGUAGUGCUGUAUCUCGAGAUUCUCUAUUGAACCUUCAAGUUUGACAGGAUUUGCAGGAUCAAUGUAGAACUGGAAUUUCGACUCGGGCAAACUGUAAGUCUGAUGUAAAAGCAAAAGUUCGCGGAACGCAGCAACUGAGCGUAUUUUACGUUUAUAUUAAAACAAAUAUAAACGUGUAUUAUUAAUGUUUAUUAUUAAUGGACAGAGAUAGAGUUGCCGUAAAUUGUAAAUAGAGAUGUUGUAAAUUAUAAAUUUAACGCUAUAAAAGUGAAAUUGAGAAUUUAAAUGAUGCGAGUUUCAAUUAUUUCGUCAUAUACACAGUUUGUAGCUGUAGAAUUACAGCGGCACGGAACUUGCCCUGGUUUUAUUUGGAUCCUCGUAGAGAGUCAUGGAGAGCCCUUUACGACGAUCGUUCAAUAUGCACAAGCAUUGUUUCACGUAAAUUCCAGAAGUUGCCGUUUCUCGAAGAAAGAGACCUUAAAAAGAAGCGAUCUCUCGGCGCGGCGCCCAAUGAACGUUUUUAUUGAAGAAACGGAAGCAAACGCGAUCGUGCAUCUCCGAAAGAAAGGAAAGGGAUAUUGAAAAGUGGAAGAGAGAGAGAGAAAGAGGGAGAGAGAGAGAGAGAGAGUGGCUGUGUACGUAAAAAAAGGAUGUGAAGCGACAACGGAUGGGUCGCCGUCAAAUAAACAAUUCCUUUCGCGCCGCUCCCGCGAUACGAGGCAACGAGUAUUGUCCCCGGUGAAAUGGUGAAUCCUUAAACGGAGGAAGGGAGAAAUAUCGACGUGAUACCAGUGUCGCGCGUCCACAGAAGCUCAACUCGGUCUGCGUAUUUCCAAGAUGAAGCGCCCUGCAGACUCCACCGAGGAGACGCGCGAAAACGAUCUUGGCCACGAUCGCGCGGGGAAUCACGCCAGAUGGAGGCUCUAAGACACCGUGCAGUCGGCGGCAACGCGAGAACGUCAAUCUCUUCCGCUGCGGACUUGCGCGCCUCCGGGAAAUGGACGAGGCUGGAUUCCGGAAACGACAGGUGUGGGAGGAACACCCAAGUCGCCAGGAUGCAGGAACGACGGGAUUCCAGGUGCGCAGGGUAGAAUGAAUCGUCCGGAAGACCCGCUGUUACAGCAGCAUCGCAGCCGUUUGCUGCAAUUGGCCGAGGCGACAAACAUCAAGCCCGGACAUGGCAGCGGGAAGAGACGCGGGCAGAGGCAGUCUCACGGUUUCAGGCCCAGCAACGGCGGGCCCGGCGCGGGAAGUCGCCGGACACUCCAGGAUAUCGUCAGGAGCGAUCCUGGAUACACGCCGAACAUCGAGCACUUAGUGUUUCCGGAGCGCAAGAGCAGUAAUCCAAAUUUGGCCGGCGGCCCCGAUGGCUCGCCGCCAAGUAAGUCCAAGUCAAAUGCGACGAGUUCGGGAAGGUCCAGGCUCGCCGAGGUUUUCGCUCGGCACUACGCGAGAGGAUCCUCGCAGGACUCGACCGUUACGUCCAGGAAGAAUCACGUGAAUAGUACGUCGCUGGAUAGUGGGAGCACGAUAGGUCAUCAGCCAGGGCCUGGUGGGCCCACGGUGGUGACGCGAAACGUCGGACGCCGUUGGCUGUCACAGAACUCGCAGUCCUCGAGACAACACUCGGCUGAAGAUGGGGUACGUGGGGGUAGCGUGGGCGUCGGAGGGCCCGUUUCGACCUCGUCCUCGAGCCAAGCUCCCGGUCAGGCCGCACCUCCCGCCUUGCCGCCGCGGAGAGUCAGUCCGGCCGCGGAUACAAGCGAGAUCAGCAACGCGGGCCCUAUCUCGCGUAGCGACAGGGGCCCGAACGUGUCGAUCCUCCAUCUUCGCAAUGCGACGGACCCUUGGGAGGUCGGCUCUCAAGGCUCCUCGUACAGCGUCAGCAGCAACAAGAGUCAGACUGGCGGCAGAGGAAAAUCCGGUGGGAGUGCGCGCGGUUCCUACAGCCGCGGCAGUUCGAUACCUUCUCUGAAACGUCACGAUACAUCCACGUCGACCACGUCGACAUCAAGCCUCAAGCAUCGCCAAGAUAGCCAUGGUCAAAUCUCCAGCUCCCGACGGCGCGAGGCCACGAACUCCUUCCUGUCUGGCAACAGCGGCACGUCCGGUGAACUCUUCAUCAGCGGCAACUGCAGCCGCGAGUUGUCGCCUGUGCGAUGGUGCGAUCAAGAAGUCGACGGCGUCUACCUCGGCCGCUCCGGCUGGGUGCAAGUGCAGCAGCGGUCGUUGGACGACAACCGCCGGUCAAACUAUGAUAACCUGGUGAGCGCGACGACCGGUACCCUGCCGUUGCCACGACGAGCGGCGGUGAAGCUGGCGGACUACCACUGCAACAGCGAGCCGGGCAAGUGUCCGUUGGAGUACUCCAGAUUGGAGUCCCAAAGACCGGACUACCUCGCCCUGCACAAUCAAGACUACGAUUCGAUAACCACCAGCGCCUGCACGUCGCCUCACAAUAUCCCGGAAUCCUUCUCACCGCCGUCGGUCACGCCGAUCAUAUCGCCGCCGCCGGCGUUCCAAGACGCAGUCGGCAGGAAAUCGUCGUCCCGCCAUUCCGGGCGCAGCAGCUACGGCAAGGCUCCCUUCUUGCCGCGAUCGAACGCCAUCGUCGACAGCGAUAUCAUCAGUCCGCCGCCGUCACCGCCGCCGCCGUCGCACCAAGUCAGCUGGAGCUCUUUGCCGUCCGCGUCCAGGAAGAACUCUGCCUCAGCGUCCGCCAGGUCGAAGCGGCAGAACUCCAGUCAGCAACAACAGCAGCAACAGCAAUAUCGUAUGGCGCAGGCCAAAUCUUUGGAGGAUCAGUCGUCCUCCAGACGGUCGCAAUUCGCGCAGAGGUACAUCGAGUCGUCCAGCUCGUCGUCGUCAUCGAUGGGCUUCAGAAGUCUCGACAGCUGCGUCACCAAGUCCAUCAUGCCUAGCUUAGCGGAGAACACGGAUUCUUCAGUAGAAGGAUAUGACGACGGUGACGAAGACGACAAUCCCAGCUCUUCCUUAAAUCUCAGCCUGGUGUCGUCAUCGGCCGUCGCGUUGCACUCGUCCACAGAGUCGAUUCGCGCCAAUGGCGAACGGAUUUCGCCCAACAGGAGAAUACACAGAAGCCAACAGGGGCUCAGAAGAUCUCCGGGUUCCUCUGAGUCGGGAAAACAAAUGUUCAAUUCGCCCUCUUCAUCAUCUUCUUCGUCAAGCAGCGAGGGGCGACAAGGACGGUCAUCCACACCUAAUCCCUUCAGAAGAGCUAAUAUUCCGAGACAGCAUCAAAGUGCCAGGACCAAUCAGAUGUCACCUGAUUCGCAUCAAUCUCGGGUCAGAAGAUCCAGGAGCCUCCAGUUGCCGGAGAAGCGAUCACCAGGAGCGACUGGCGCUCAGAGGGAUCAUUCAAACGAAGCUCACAGAGUCGUCGUGAAGAUCGUGAAUGAUCGAGGAGGCGAGAGAUCCAAGCGUCAUGUUCUUCAGAACCGGAAAGCUCAAUCUACUGACGACGCCGUGAACGAGAAUCUUCUGCGUGAGGCGGAAGUGGUGACCGAGUACCUGUACGGCACGCGAAGUCGCGUUGUGCCGAGAAACCUGUUGUCGAGCCGCUACGAACGUCGCGAGGAGAUUCAAGAACAGAGGCGAGGCAAUUCCAACAACACCUACGAUGUCUACAUCAUAUCCUCUAAGCAGCAGUCGUCGAAAGUAUCCAAUCCCUCGCAGCAGCAACAGCAGCAACAACAACAGCAGCAGCAACAACAACAGCAGCAACAGCAGCAGCAGCAGCAGCAGCAGCAACAACAACAACAGCAACAAUCCAGACGACCGCGCACGUUGCAGAGAGGCGCCACGACGCCGAACACGAACACGCCGUCCACCAACCAAGACUUCAGUCCGGACACGAAGCUACGCUGCAACAGCAGCACUUGCGACUUCUGGCCUCACUGCUCUCAGAGAGAAAGUCUGUACUCGCCGAAUCAGGCGCCGGUCUUUAUGAAGCUGUCGCAGAGCUAUCCGGCGCAUCAGCGGCUCUCCACCGACGCCGGCAGCCACCGAGGCAGCGCCAGUUCCUCACCGGCCUCCCUGGAGCGGAUGGAUGAACGCGAGCUUCGCGAGAGAGACAAUGCGAGGAAGAACAGAAGUAGCCAACAGAGCAACUCGAAGUAUCAGGAGAGACCCAAGGGCGUGCUGAAGCAGGCUAAUAAGUGGUCGCCGUUGGAGGGAACCAACAGUAACGGUUCCGGAGUGGAGAAGAGGGAUCAGAUGCAUCACCGGGUGUACCGGAAGCCCGAGUUCCCGGGCGCAUUCGAGAGCGCCGAUAACAAGGACAGGAAGGUGUCGCCCAUUCAAGGGAUGAACAUCAGCCGAUCGCCCAGUGGCCCGAUCGCUUCCUCGUCGACCAACACUCUGUCGUCCUCCAGCAGUGACAUUUGGGUCACCACAUCGGAUCGCACAGUGACGAAGAGUCCGCGAAACGCGAAAAGUUCAGGCGCGUCCACGCCGAUGGAGGACGCCGUGAUCGGUUCCCUAAAGACGUUGAUAGAGCCGCCCAAAGACGGCACGCUGUCCAGGCCUGGUAGCGCGCCCACCAGGGGCGAGGAUUCCCUGACGAGCGACGUCGCCUUGGAUCCUCACCAGCGAUCCUUGUCUUUGCCGAAGUCCUUCCUGACGCACAAUACGACGAACAGCAACAAUAAGUCAGGAUCCUGGCAGCGCGGGCAGGAUUCCCAGCGAUCUAGCCCCAGUCCCAGCAGGCCCCAUCGCGCGCAGGAAGCGGCCACACCUCACACAGCUCCCGUUUCCCCUUUGCACGAUCACAGGACGAGUGGCCACGCCGGAAGGGAGAGAAGGCGAAUUCCCGGCCUCAGCAAGGCUCAACGGCGCAUCAAAGCAUCGAGCACUCCGGCUCUUUUGGACAGGGAUCAUGACAGUCGACACUGGUCCGGCGAUGAAGAGGACGAAGGAACGACCGGUCAUGUGACCACCGAGCAUCCCUUAGCCGAGGCCACGAUUCCUCUGGUCAGUCACUCCAGGCUGCAGGAACCGUCGUCCGUCCUGAAUGUCGCCAAUGUAACCACCGGCGGAAGCCAGAACGCGCAUCGCGCGGGCGCGCAGAGCCAACAGGAGAGCGUGUUGCAGAAAUUCCGUAAGAGCUUCUCGCUGAGGUUCCACAAAAAGGGCAGCAAAGAGAGCAACGAGGAGUGUCCUGCCGAGGAUAACGACGGCUCGGGACUCUUGGACGAGGAGGAGGAGAGGGAAACGCCCUCUGUAACCUCCGAGCAAAGCAACCACCACAAGGACGAUCCUAGCAAUGACCAGAAAUUCCGGUUCGGCCCACUCGUCUGGAGGACUAGCAAGGAAAGGAAAAAAGGCAACAAAGCUGCUCGAAAUGCGAAAUGCAACAGCGGAGACAGCGGUAUACAGAUCGAGAUGGUAUCUGGUGGAGCGUUGACUGGGGGCAGCGGCGGAGGAGUGAUGGGAGGUGGCGACAGCUCCGAGUCUCAUGAUACAGACGACAUCCCCGACGACACCGACAGCCCUCCGGCUCUUCGUAGGCGAGUCGCCGAUAAAUCGCGACCCCAGUCCGAGCUCAUCAACCAGAUACUGAUUGACAAGUUCAAGGCGGAUUUGCAGAGCCGCGCGUCGCGGCAUAAUCACGUGCGUCGCACAAACAGCGAUUUAGGAGGCCAGAGGCUGCUCCAAUGGGACACCAGAUCGGGAUACGUUCACAAUUAUCGCAGGAUGCUGUCGACUCCGUCGCCGAUCAAGACGAGGCCGCCCAGGCUCAGCCCGAGGCAUUCCUCCCAUGAUAUCGUUACGCUCAGAAGUAACGCGAAAGGGAGGAGUUCUCGGACAAAUUUGAGGCGCUCGCUUAGCCAGCCACUGGGAAUCAAUCAGCUCUCGCCGCUGAUGCGCACCAAAACUACAGGCGUGAGGUUGCCCGGUGGCAAUGUGCUAUCCGAGGACGAGCAGGAUGGUAGAGCCGGCACAUCCGACGAUGAGAUGAUGUCCGACUCCGAAUCCUCGGUCGCCUCGUUGACGGACAGGAAGAAGUCGCUCGAGCAGACGAUGGAUGAGGACGUCGCUAUCCUGGCUGAGGCUGUUUGGGACCACGUGGCGAUGGAGACGGAGGAGUUGGCUUUUCGCGCCGGGGAUGUCAUCGAUGUCCUCGAUACGUUAGACAAAGAUUGGUGGUGGGGCAGCUGUAGAGGAAUACACGGAUGGUUCCCGGCCGCUUUUGUCAGGUUACGAGUGAGUCAAGAGGACACAGUGGAAGAUUGUUUGGCCGCGAUGGCUUCUGGAGUAUCUUCGGCCACUCAGCUGAGAAGACGCACAAGCGUGUCCCUCCUCUCGAAUGAGCAGGUGAGGACCAGCGUGGUUCGCGAGCUCGUCCAGACCGAACGCGACUUUGUGAAGGUUCUGCGCGACGUCGCCGAGGGCUACAUCGCGGAAUGUCGCAGGCAUACGGAUAUGUUCUCCGAAGACCAGAUCGAGACGAUCUUCAUCAACCUCGAGGAGCUGCUAGACUUCCAGUCCGAAUUCCUGAAGGACCUCGAGGCCUGCAUCGAUUGGAACGCGCCGCACAAAAGCUGUGUCGGCGAGUGCUUUCUGAAUCACUUCUUUCAGACCAACGAAAAAGGUCGAAGAAUCGGAUGUAAUUCUAGGGCUGGUUUUCGCAUGUAUUCCGAGUACUGCAACAGCCACCCGAUGGCGAUGGCGACGCUGCAGGAGCUCUACCAGCACAAUCGUUACAGCAAGUUUUUCGAAGCUUGCCGUCUGAUGAGAGGUCUCAUAGAGAUUCCGUUGGACGGGUAUCUUUUGACGCCCGUGCAACGGAUAUGUAAAUAUCCCCUCCAGUUGGCGGAACUGCUGAAGUAUACGAAAACGGAUCAUCCGGAUUAUCACAAGAUUCAAGAAGCGCUAGAGGCGAUGAGAGGCGUCGCGGUGCUCAUCAACGAGAGGAAGAGGCGGAUGGAAAGUUUGGAGAAACUGGCCGCGUGGCAAAUGCGUGUGGAAGGUUGGGAAGGUGAGGAUCUCAUAGAAGUUUCGUCACAACUGAUUUACCAAGGUGAGGCGAUGAGAGUGACGACCGGCAUGUGGACGAACAACAUUAUCCUAUUCCUCUUUGAUCAUCAACUGGUCUAUUGCAAGAAAGACAUCCUUAAGCGCAAUACUUACGUCUACAAAGGGCGCAUUUAUCUCGAUACUAGCGAGGUUAUCGAUGUGCCCGAUGGAAAAGAUCUUCAGUCAGGUGUGACUGUGAGGCAUUGUCUGAAGGUAUACAGCUGCGUCCGAGAUAAGUGGCUGUUAUUCUGUUGCCGUACAGCGGACGAGAAGCGACGGUGGCUAGCGGCCAUGGCUGAGGAACGAAGAUUGGUGGCUCAGGAUAGGAAUGAUGGAUUAGAGUUUCCGGCUGCAGCCAGGCAGCUCGCCAGGCUAGCUGCUAGCAGACAGCAAAACAGACCACCAAUUAAACCUCGCAACAAAACAUACAAGAGGGAGUCGACGUACGAGAUGCCGACGAUGGUCGCACAGGGCACCACCAAUUCGCUUGGACGAAAAGUCGGGACUUGGUUCACGUUCGGUAGCAGCAAGAAGAGCACGCGGCUUCAACCGUCCUGAGACAGGCCUACCUUCGUGCCGUAUAUUGACUUGUAAAGCUGCGGCCUUACGGCGCUGCGUCGUCCUGCUGAAAUCCCGGCGCACGGCUCUUCGAUAUUCAGUAAUUUCGAGAUCUGCUCGAACGAGCGUUCGAUCGAGGACUCGAUCGCAAUCAGGGUAAUAUUGUUCGCCAUGUGCAAUUGCAGUCACGCGUGCGGUCGAGUCGACGUUCACGAAUCGACUGACAAACCGCUGGGAUUCCUCAGCACCGACGACGCGCAGCGCUCUGUCAUAUAUACGGCACGAAGGUACUUAGUAUUAUUUACACUCGUUUAGCUGAGUAUAUCCUAUAACGUAUACCUCUUCUACCAAGAUAGAACAAGUAGUCGAUCCCAUCAGUCGAUCACGAUCAUCGCGUUCCGCCUAUCGAGUAACCGCGCGACUCCGAAAGCAGGAGAAGGAACUUGAAUGACUUUUCACUCACUGCCUCUCGCGCGGAGAAACGGACGGAUACUUCUCUUUAUUGAACAGACGCUGUCAUGUCGUCCAAAUUAGAUAUCGCGUGCUUAAAGUCGAGACACGAACUGGGUCGACGAGAAGCACUCGUUAUGUUUUUGAGUCUUGUUCAGCAGCGACUUCUUCAGCGUCAGUCCUCGAGCUGUUAGGCCUCGAGCCGAUUCCCGAUCGUCUUCGGGCGCGUCAUUCACCGAUAUUUAAAACUAUCGUUUUCGGCGCAUCAGCGUCUGAUCCGAGAAAUUGUCGCCGCGAACUAACCGAAUGGACAUUUCGAGAAAAAGCGGCGAGAUAGAUCCGAGAAGGAGCGUAAAAUUGAUUUUGUAGAUACAUUUGGCGAAGGGCGCGUCGCGCACGGGACUAUCGUUAAAUAAUUCAUGAGGGUAAAUUAGAGGAGUAGAGACACACCUAGGGAAACGCAUAGAUAGUAAAUGUAUAAAGUCAAUAGCGGGCUUCUGAAGUACUAAAGAGAAAGUACUAGUCACUCCUUUAUCGCGGUUUCAUAAUAUAUAAACGCCGAUAAAUAUCUCGGCACGUAUAUACAUAUAUUGUUAAACGCGCAAUCGCUUUUAUCGAGUCGGAGCAUGAGCAGCUGGAUGGCAUGUUGUUACGGCUGUAUGUUUCUUUUUUUCUAUGAUAAUCGAAAGACUGACGACCGAGACGCUUCCUCUCGGCAGGAGACCGGUUGUAAUCUUGGGAGAGAAUUGCGAGAAAUCGAGAUCGAAACGGGAGAAGACUUGAAGACGUCGGAGUAUUACGUACGUAGAUCCGCCUUCGUCGAGAUCGCUCGACACUGCUACGUGUGUGUGACUUUUGUAAAUCAACUUUAUGUUGUACCCGCCGGGGUACAACGAGAAAACUGAUCGUUUUGUAGUAUUGCGUGCAGUUCCGCGUGAAAGUGUCAGCAAGUUCGAUCACAAUGUUACACCGGUCGGCGGGCGCGAGAUACCGAUUUUACUCGCUCGUACGCGGCCAACCCGCGAUUUGUUCCGCGAUCAAUUUCGACCGGCCGCCGAUUUCGCACACACCACUUUUCUCUCAACGAAACCUAGAUGUAUCUCGUAGAAGAAGUCUCCAGCGAGCUAUAUACGAUAACUUUUACUGCCUAACUAAUGUUCGGUAUUCCGCAUAAAGCAUUGUAAUCGUAAUACUCAUAGUAAUUUGUAAACGAGAUCCGAUAGGCGGGAGGACGAGAGGAGAAGUGGCGAUGAAGAGGAGAAGGAAGGAAGGAAAUUUAUGUUUCUAUACGCAACAGCGGCAGUAUUAAUCAUACGCGGAUAAAAGAACAGUGAUUAAACUAAAUAUGUAAAUACUCGCAUAUCACGCCUCCCUGUCCGAUCGCGAUACGAAGCGGCGAGCUUCUAAAAAAAAAAGUAAAAGGAGAAAGAGAAAGAGAACAGGAGAGGGAAAAAGAGAGAAACGAUUGAGACGAUCUUUAAAGUUUUCUACUCUUCUAUAGAAAGAUACACAAAGAUUCGAUAACGAGGUAGAGAGCCGAAAGUCAGCAAACUGAAGAAUCUCUGCGUUUUUUCACGCAAAAAAAAAAAAAAGAACUCAUGUUUCACCGUUGCGCAUUGUCUACGGUUUUUACUUGGCAAGCAAAAAGAAAAAAAAUUGUUCGAUCUUGGAGUUUCAGCAAAACUUAAUCACGGAUCCUGAAAGUUUUCCAACACUGCCAAUAAGUUUAAAAGGAACAUAACGUCUUCGUUCGUUAGAAUUGUUUAAUCUGUUUUUUAGUAGAGAAGAGACCGGCAUUCCCGAUGCGUACUUUGUAAAAGGAACAGAGAGCGAGAUGUCGUUUCAAACGUUUGCGUCCGGGGAUGCGAGAUACGACUCUGGUAGACUCUGGGGACACUUGCGUUUUUGUAUGACACAAACACAGAUGGGUAUAUUUUCGCUUAUUUGCCGACACCGUAAUUUACUAUACGACGAGGACAAUAUAAUGAUAAAAGAAUGGAUCAAGAUUCCUAUGAAGUACUGUACAGAGAUCAUUAGCCUGUUGAUGUUUAGAUUAGGAGAGACCGCGAUCUGUUGCUGGACCCAACUCAUUUCAGAGUUAUUUUUAUAGGAGAGACGACUCAUUGGUUCUCGAAUGUGAUUUUCUUAUAAGUAUUGCUAACUAUGCUUUAAUGGCCAAUGUAAGUAUAAGGGACAGGUAUCUCGUUAAGGAUAAGCAGCGAGGCUACACCGAGGCCGCGAAACGCGCCGAGGUUGUUCGCAGGCGACGUCUGUCGUCGAGCAUAUUUAAAGAACGUCAAGUGAGAUGUAUAUCGCCGACCUUCUUUAAAAACGGUCUCUAAAACAGCCGUCUCUCGGACUCGCGUGUCUUGUCCGGGCACGAUAACUAACUGCGUAAUGCACAAUUAAGCACCGAUGACUUUUCGCACUCAUAAGAAACCCUUGCACCACGUGCAGACGAGUAAUCUGAAUCCGCGAAAGUCCGUAUCGUACGCUCACGAGCUCCCAUUGGCAAGUAAACUACAUAUCUUACUAUAUACGCAAUCUCGACACGCGCCGACUAAUUUAUACCUCGGUGGUGGAUAAUAAUCUGUCCCCCGGUGGUGGAUGUACCCUAUAUCUUCCUCUUGAGAGAAAAGAUAAACCUGUUACAUUCAAAAAUUGUCAAAUAGGAUCUGCACGAAACACGAGGGAAUGUGCUUCGAAGCAAUAAAUACUACUAAGCGUUACUGUUGCGAUAAUUUAAGCUGUUACGAGCGUAACGACGUUUUUACAUAAACAACACACAUACAUCAUACGCAUACAUGCACACACACACACACACAAACACACACACUCACAACAGACACAAAUAUUUUCCCUGAGAUCCGAUAUCGAUAAUCGUGUGCGUGCACUCUGACGACGUGGAAAACGGAGCUCGUUCUCAUUGCCGCAGCAAAUAACAAUUGUCUCGCGGUCUAAUGACCUAAGAGGAAGAAACGCAGAUACCGCGUACCGUAUCGCUCUGUUUUCUGUACAUACGUAGGCAUAUUUUGUAAGUGUAAAUACCGUAGGUUCACUCUCAUUAGAGGAAGCAACUUCAUUCACCACGUUGUAGCGAUUUAAGUGACCCUACUUGUUAAGCAAUGUAUUUGACGUUCGCGUAUGGUUGAUUAUCGAUUAAAACGGUGUGAAAAAUCGUUUUGUAUAUUUAUAUAUCUGAUUUAAUGAGUUCGACACGCGACGAGCUUCCGCGCGAUGGAUUGUUCGUGUUAAAUAAUUAUUGUUUACGAUGUGUACAGUAGAACGUUACACGAUAUGAUUGCGAUUGUUUUCCAGAUACGAGUAUAUACUGAGUUACACAUAUAUGUAAAUAAACAUUUUAUAACUAUUA